GCGCAUGGCUUGGCUGUCACACUGGGCCCUCGUGACUUCGCACAGAUUCGGGGCGGAGUGGUGAUGAUCACAAGGAGGCAUUCCCGCGCCAGGUUCGAGACUGCUGACCUGCAGGAAUGCCCGAAGUUGCCGGCGAACGUAUGUCCUUUCAGCCCUAUCUUGAAGCUAUUGCCACACGACGCCCGCUUUGACGAGGAGCCGGUAAUUCUCAUUAUCCGCGUCUGCACAGGUGCUCAGGUGGUAUGGCGUUCAACAUCGAACGGCAAUUGGGAGUCGCUUCAGGAUGUGGAGUUCUAUCUGGGGCACGCAGUCCUGCGGUUGAAUCAUUUCUGCAAUCUCUUCGUUGGAUCUAACGGUGCCAGUUCUCCCGAACGGAAAGGGAUUCUUGUUCGCGGCUUCAUGGACGGAACGACACGAAGGGGCAAAUGCGCAGUCUUGCACGCAAACUGUUCCUCUUGUACCGAGCAGCUGGAGUCGACGUCUGACUACCGUGCGGACCCCGAGGUCUUGAAGGGUUUCGAUGAGUGCGGGCCAUCUUUCUGCGCCGGCUUAUACAGCCAUGGAGACCGACUCACCAUAGCACAGGCUCACCACUAUCAUCAAGACACUGCUCUGAACUUUAACCGGUUUCCGCUCGUGACCAGCCGAUGCUUUCAAACUGAGCAAUUUCAGUUCGAGGUGGAUAUCGCUGACACGGUCCAUGCCUUCCGUGCUACACAAUCCUUGCCAGUUGGGCCGGAGAAUGUUUACACGGCGGAGGAGCCGCACAUCUUCCUGAGCACAGGUGAGCUCGAAGCCGGCCGUCUGCCCAUUGCGGAGCUCUUACAGCGAGCUCAUGCCGACAGCGGCAAGGACGCCGAGCUACUUCUGCAGGUGGUGCCACCACCUCCGCCACCUCCACUACCACAAGAAGAUGAGCAUCGGUCAGAAGUCCUGGCUCAACCGCCUCCCCCACCACCAGUCGCAAAACGGACAAACAUGAUGGUCUCCGGGCGGUUCAACGACCAGCAAAAGAUGAACUACAUGAGGCACGUCAAGGAAUUACUUCAGGAGAGGUCUGUUCCAGUUGAUAUGGUGAAGGCCAACUUUGCUAGUGCCACAUUUGGAGACCAAACAGCGCAGCUCUUGUACAAGGCCAAAGCCCUGUUGCCCUUCUGCACUUGGGAUUACGGCGCGAAAACUGGCAUAGGGUAUGAGACCUAUAUAGAGCUCGAGUAUGCGCACCAGAAGGGGCUCGCCAUUCUGCCGAUCCAGCUUUGCCAUGAGUUUCCACCCUGCCCCACAGAUGAGGAAGGCAGGGUGCAAAAUGCCUUGGUACUUAAGAGCGACUUGGUGCGGAUCAUAGACAAAGACAUGUCGGACCCGAAGCGGGUUGCACAGGAGAUCUGUGAUGCCUGGUUCGGAGCAAUCCAGUAUAUGUGA